AUGGGACUACACAACCAAACAAGUACAAAAGAAUUUGUAUUCCAGGGAUUCUCCAGAGAGCGAGGCACCAACCUGUGCCUCUUUGCAGUGUUCUUCUCCAUGUACCUUGUCACUCUGGCGGGCAACACACUCAUCAUCAUGGUCAUCCGUAUAGAUCCACGGCUCAGCACACCCAUGUAUUUCUUCCUGAGCAAUCUCUCCUUCUUGGACAUCUGCUAUACGACAAGUGUGGUGCCUCAAUUGCUGAUUCACUUCCUGACCAGUCACAAAACCAUCUCUUUCAACCGUUGUAUGGCUCAGCUCUACAUCUCUUUGUCCCUGGGUGGCAUUGAGUUUAUUCUGUUAGCAGCCAUGGCCUAUGACAGAUAUGUGGCAGUCUGCCACCCUCUGCAUUAUAUGACUAUAAUGAGCAAGAGGGUGUGUAUCCAAAUAGCCAUGAUAUGCUGGAUGGGUGGUUUUUUCAAUGCCUUGGUGCAGACCGUGUUCACCAUGCGCCUUCAUUUCUGCCAUUUCAGCACCAUCAACCACUUUGCCUGUGAACUUCUUGCUGUUAUCAAGGUUGCCUGUUCGGACACUUUUGUCAAUGAGAUUGUGAUUGUGGUGGCAGGGGUCAUUGUACUACUUAUCCCAUGCAUUGUAGUGAUGCUCUCCUAUGUGUAUAUCAUCAGGACCAUUCUGCACAUCCACACCUCAGAAGGCCGGCAUCGAGCAUUCUCCACGUGCACCUCUCACCUGACUGUGGUCACUCUCUGCUAUGGCACAGCAAUCUUUGCUUACAUGAGUCCUAAAGCCAACACUUCACCAAACCAGGACAAGAUGGUUUCUAUUUUUUAUGCUGUAGUUACUCCCAUGCUCAACCCUAUCAUAUACAGCCUAAGGAACAAGGAAGUAAAAGGUGCUCUGGCAAAAGUAAUGGGGAAAAGUAUCCUCUAG